AUGAAUUACUCCGGAGAGACGCAGCACGGGAACGACACAAGGCCCAAUGAUGGGGAGGACGAAGGGGCAUGUGGACAGCCAACCGAUGCUUCACUGGCACCACAAAAUGAUUCUGCUGAGCCCACAAAAGAAGUCGUGGAUGUUGCCCAGGAUGCGACUUCUCCAGCCCUCGCAGACCUCGUGGAUGUUAACCUAUUGGGGCAACUGCAAGAGAUGGGUUUCAGCGAGGCGCGGGCUGGGCGGGCGCUUCUGGCGCUUCGCGGGGGUCCUUCCACGGUGGAGGCGGCAUUAGCGUGGAUAGAAGAGCACGAAGACGAUUCAGAUGUUGACAAUCCAUUGACUGCUGAGGAGCUUGCCGCCUACAAGCCCGCUAAGAAGACCCCUCUAACAGAGGAGGAGGCCCAGCGCCUCGCCUACGAACUCCAGAAAAGGUUGAGGGAGGAGCGGCUAAAGAGAGAAAAGCAAGAGGCUAUUGAGAAAGAACGGCUCCGUCUGCAGCAGUCCAAGGCCAUGCUGGAGCAGCAGGCCAAGCUAGAGGAAGAGACGCGGAAGCGGGCACUAGAACAACUACAGAGAGAGAAGGAGGAAACCUCGGCGUUAGAUUGUGCUAAUGUGAAUGAGGCUAAGAAAGAAAGGGAACGCCAGAGGGAGCUGCUGCGCCAAGAUUAUAGGGACAGAUUCGGCUGUGAGAUGCCUGAGGACCCGUCACAUGCGGCCCCUGAGGAGCGUCUGGCGAAGAUGAGCGGCAAAGAAAAAGUAGCGUACUACAGCAAUGCGCUUUUCAAACGCUACAAGAAGGAAGAUCCCCAGAAGCUCCUUGUGUGCCUUAACACCCUCCGCCUCUACGUGAACAACGCCAAAGAACAUCCGACGGACCCCAAGAAGGAGAACGCGGCCUUCAAGGCCCGCGUGCUGGUCUGCGAUGGGUCCGUUGAGCUCCUCGACGCGUGUGGCUUCAAAGACCAGGGCGACACCUUGGCCAUCCAGGGGCAGCCGGACGGCUUCGUACUCGCCCAGGCAAUGAAAUUCCUCGACCUGCUCAUUGGACAGCUGAGAGGAUGA